AUGCGUUUCUCUACUGAACCAGCGACACACUUUAAUAAUGCAUUGUCUUUUACUUGUCACAUUAUCUUUGCACUCAUUGAUAAAGUACCAGUGUUGGUAUUCUUUCUUGAUGUCAAUGACAUCGGGCUCUCUCACCCCUAUCACUCUCUUUCUUUCUCCAUCUCUCUCCAACUCUCUCCUUCCCAUCUCUCUCCCUUUCUUUUGAUGUCCAUAGCUUUCUCCUCUCCAUCUUUCUCUAUCCCUAUCUUUUCCCCUCCAAAUAUAUGUUUUCUCCACAUUGUCAACUCUUUCCUUUCCAUCUCUCUUUCACUAUCUCCCACUGCCCAUCGCUCGCUCUCUACCCAACACUCUCCUUUCCAUUUCUUUCUCUCUUUGUCCCAGUCUCUCCACUUCUCUAGCUCACUCAUCCCUAUCUCUCUCUUCCUCCUCCUCUUUCUCCCUCUCCAACUCUGUCCUUCCCAUCUCUCUCUAUCUCUUCUCUCCACAAAUUUUAACUCUUUUUUCCCAUUUGUCUUUCACUCUCUCCCUUUCCCUAUCUCUCCAUCUUCUCUCUCUCACUCACUCUCUCUCUCUCUCUCUCUCUCUCUCUCUCUCUCAUUUGUAGUCAGUGUUAAUCCUUAA